UACUGCUCCUCAUCAUUCAGCAUCGAUUCAACCGCCCCUGCCUUCUUCCCCACGGCCUCGCUCGUCCUUCGUCACGCUUUAGCCGAGAGAGCGUCUUCCUGAAUCAUCGUCACCAACCACCCCUACAACCUACUCUGACGCGAGCUUCUCAACCCGACACUUCGCAAUCCAGCGCCAGCACGAACCGACUUCUAACGGGGCUGAAGGAGAUCCAGACUCGCCAGGCCUAACUGCGUCGCCGCCACUACCACAUGGAUACACGGACACUUCGGUUGCCGAGCACGAAGCGCACAUCCAUCCGGAACUAAGAUCGGUUCACAAGCAGACGACGAGAAACGGCAACGUGCCCACUUCAAAUAUGAUGCCAGCGGGGAUAGCCCCACAACCCGAUCAAGCCGGCUCCAUCCCGGGGCCGUCGCAUGCGCCUGGUGGUGCCCCGAACAUGGGACCCGCCGACAUGGCCGAUAUGGGAGAUGUCAUGAUGGCUGAUGGUAGGAAAGCGAAGCGCGAGCUCUCCCAGUCGAAACGUGCCGCGCAAAAUAGAGCUGCACAGAGGGCAUUCCGCCAGCGCAAGGAACUAUACAUCAAAAAGCUGGAGCAGGAAGUCCGGGACUUCGCGGCAAUGGAGAGCAACUACAAGUCGCUCCAGGCAGAGAAUUAUGCUCUGAGAGAAUACGUCAUCAAUCUUCAGUCUCGGUUGUUGGACGUUCAGGGAGAGUGUCCGCAGCCGCCACCGAACAUCAACCUGGCUCACCCCCAUGGUGCACAGCCCCCGGUAACGUCGAGCAGCGCCGAUCUACACGCGCCAAACUCGAGUACUGGUGCUGGCACGCCGCUAGAAGUGGUCGCGCAAGCCGUGGCAGGCCUACAACGGGGUGAUCACCUGGCCGAAGGGCCGCAGUACUCGAACAGGAUGAAACCGGAACAGGGAGAAGGGGACUCGAGAUCUAACGAGGAAAUCAGUCGACAACUGCAACCCGACCCUCUGCCAUCGGCGAUGAUGUAGGACGUCGCACCGUAAAGCAUGGUGGCAAGUCUGGACCUGGACCAUCCUAGCCCCUGAGACAUCGAGUACCGCUUUAGUACUACCAUUAUAUCGUGGCG